AUUCGGUGAAAUGACUACACAUUGGAUGACUGUUAACAGAGAGUAAAACACAUUUAAAUUCAUUAGUUAGUUCAGACACUCGGUACGGCCAACAUAUCACCACACAAAAUAUAACAUAAACGUAAAGUACACGAACAGAGCAAAAAAAAAACACAAAAACACCACCAAAUACAAUAUACGAUUUUUAGUCCAUAAUGUAAAAAUGAAUAGAAUUUAUUGUUUAUAAGUUAAUUGUAAAAGAGAAGAGAAGAAAAACAACGAAGGAAAAAAUUAUUAUUUGUAAAUGUUUACAUUUUGUGUUGUGCAUGUGAUUAUGUGUUUUUGAGAGUUUUUUUUCUGAGUUUUAGUUUGAUGCGUAACUUGUGCCUUUAGUGUUAACGAAAAAAAAGUAAACUAAAAAUAGUGUUCCAGUUCAAAGAGUUCUCAUUUUCAUGAAAAAGGUAAAAUUGUAAACAAAUCGUGAAAAUUUAAUAGAAAUUAAAGAGCGACGAAAUCCGCAUAAACGGUAAAUCGACAGCAACAAAAGACUGACAACAUAUAAUCAAGAAGUCUGUGCACGGAUCGAAAUCUUUUCCGGCGGAAAUAAAAAUAAAUUUAAGGAAUAUUUUGGAAAUUAUUCAAAUAAAAAAUGUCUGUGGAUAAUCCCUACUACUUCUUCAACGAGACGCCAACGAAAGUCGAACCACCCAGCAAAGGAUUUUCAUUUUUCCGACGACGUAGUUCGUCCAACAGCAGUACAAAAUCGAUUAAAUCACCGAAAUCCACAUUCAAUUCAACGUCACUCAAUGCUGACGUUCUGGGACGCAAAGGUAGCUUAAAAUCGCUGUUGCGGCCAAAUAUUAGCACCGGCAUGACCAGUAACGCUCAUCCGAAAGAACCAUGUUUGAGUAAUGGAUUCAAUACGGUUGGAUAUCGAUGCAAUCAAAAUCAAUAUCGCAACAGACUGGGAUCGUACAAUGAAUCGUCCAGUUAUCAUGAAAAUGACGAUGUGUUUGUGUCUCCAAGUAGGAAUAGCAGUCAAUCGACCAGUGUCGAUACAAUAGAUGGGCCAAUGUCUUGCGGAAUCAGAAGACAUUCGAUCGGAACAUUUGUUGGACGGGAUAGGAGAUGCGGCUCAAUUUCAGAUGAAGUACCAAAGACUUAUGCACCGAAACCACCAGUACAAAUGCAAAAUAGUUUAAAUUCGAAAAUGGAUCGUAAAGCGAGUGACGCAUACGGAAUGGAUGAUAUAUUAAUUGUAACAUCGCGACAAAGUGAACCGGCAAUACUUUGGGCAAAUUUCUUAAAAACACGUUUCGAUAAAAUAACUAAACAGAGAGGCAGACAGCCGUUUAAUUUUCUUCACAUCAAAAUCGAUGAAAUACCAAUAACAUCAGACAUUGCAAAAAGAUGUCAAUCAACCAAACUUCAAAUCGUUAUACUAUGUUCAUCGUUAAUAGCACUUCCAUCACAUUUCCUAAUGUCUCAAUUAUCGGUUCUAUUGAAACCUGAUAUCGUGCUGGGAAUACUACUUGAAGUGUCUGAGGACAAAAUAUUGGAAAUUCAUAAAAAUGCUCUGCCUUCAUUCAAAAAAUGGCGUCGAUGUGUGGUCAAAAAUCAUGAUCAAUCGUUGGUGGGCAACGUGCUGGGCAUUGCUACCGACAUAUUGGGUCGAGCAUUGUGCCAACGGCCGCCUUGCUCGGAAACGAGUAUCAUGGCAAACAAGUCCUGCCCGAACGAAGCAUUCACCGUGUUGCCGAGAAAGGUGAAACUCGGACAGAACAAAGUGGUUGCAUUGUUGAAUGAACCGUUGAUGAAAGACGACUGGGUCAAGGUUAAGAUCGAUAAGUCUGGAGAGAUGAUUGAAAUAUUGAACUUUAAGAAGCGAAAUCCGUACACGUUGCAGUUCUCUAUACCAGACUCUUGCAUGGAAGUAUCAACAAUGAUCGAAAUUCGAAUCAUUAAGAAUGAAAAAGAGCUUGGCAGCCGACCGGUGAAAUGUGAAAGUCGUCUACGCGAACUGGAGUACAUUCUCAAGGCCCAAGAAUCGCCACUCGAAUUUAUGUGCCAUUCGCUGGGCAUCAACAACUCCGAUCGAACUGCAUUGGACGCGUACUUAUCGCAAACAUUUCAGAAGAACGUACCACCGAAUUUCCAUUUGCUGUCGACUACGGAACCGGUCAAAAAUCCCAUCUUUCGUGCGAAUAAGGACAACAGCUCCGAGGAGUAUCCAACAUUGUUGCAUUUCGCUGCCAAAUGGGGCCUGGAACAUUUAUGCAUGCAGUUAAUGGAAUGUCCAGGCGGUGAAACUGCUUGUGACAUUAGAAAUCAUGCGGGAAAAACGCCACCUGAGUUAGCUGAAAGUUCGGGAUUUAUUGCAUUAAGUGCAACUCUUCGUAGUUUUGUGCAAAUGAACGAAUUCACGACAAUGUACCAUUACUUCAAGGGCAUAACCGAUUCCAAUACAUCAUCGACCCAAGUCAUGAUCGAGGAGAAAUCGCUCGACGGAACAAAGCCUUCCAAUUUGGAAAGGAAGGAAAGUUCGCCGCCAAUAUCAACUGAAGGCUACAUGGAAAUGAGUGGCAGCGACCAAGAUUCAGGCGGUUCGACAAACGCAGUCUCAAAUUUAAACUACAUCAACGUCGACUACGCGAAAGAUGACGAGGUCAACAAGAAUCUGAAUGAUACCAAACUGACCAAUGAGCUGGAGGUGCUGACCAACGAAAUGAAAAUACUGGAACCGGACUAUUUCGAGUCCAAUGAAACGAACAGGACCGAUCAGUUCAGCCAGGAGUGCUCGAAUCUGUUGGAGAAUUGUCAAUCAUUGAAUUCGUCGAACGAAAGUCAAUCCGACUAUUUGCUUCAGCCGUCAAACAUUCCAGUGAAUAAUGGAAAAGUGGACAACGAUUUCGGCGAUUAUCUUACACAACCGUCGAACAGGCCAGUGGAAUUAAAGAUUCUCUGCGAAAAUGCCAACUAUCAAAUGCAACCGACAAACCGAAAAGUAAUCAAUCCAUCCACACCGAUCGAUGUUGACCAUCAGUCGCAUUUAAAAAUGAAUUUCAAAAAGUCUAAUAAAUCGCUGGUUAAAAGCGAUAGCAGCUCGAAGGCGAGUGCCGAUGACGAAUUGCUCGAGAUUAUGAACGAUUUCAAGAAUCACGUAUUUACCAUCCAGGAAGUGGAACAGUUGGUCAUGUCCUGGAAAAAUCGUAAUGACGUCAAACAGAGUGACAAGGAGCGACAGGAGCAACUGGAGAAGAUGCGCUGUGAGUACGAACGAAUCCAGGCCCAAAUGAAAGAGAAAAUGAAACGACCGACGCCUUUCGAUCGCGUCAAAAAAUUCAAAAAAUUAUUCUUCCGCAACAAAUCCAGCAGUUCGGACGAUGGUAAUGCUGAUGCCGGCGACGAUUCGAAAACACAUCGACCGAUGAGCAGUUUAAGUCUACAGAGCAUUUCGAGUUCGUCGUCAUCGGGCCGAAUGAGUACGGGGAGCGCGUGCAGUGGUGCUAGCCUGGGAGAUAGUGGAACUCAUUCGGAUCAAGAGGAACGCAGACCGGUGUUCUCCAAUAAUACCUGUCGAGUCGGCCUGCCGGGUAGUCUGAUGGACAAUUAUCUGAUUCCACCGACGCCAAGACCGGUCAUAACGCCAGCUUCAACACCGACUAUCGAAGACAGACCGCAGCCGAUUUUUGGCGGCACCAAAUUCGAUUUGAUGGAAAACUAUUCAAUGUUCCCAUCGAAUAUACCGGUGCAUCAACAGACAAUGGACCAUCAUGUCCAUCAUGAUUACAUGAACUUUUCGGGACUAAAUACCAUUGAAGAGACCAAAGAAAAUGAGGUUACCGUUCAGCCAAUUAAAGUACAAAAACCGGAAUCCGUAUACGGAUCCAUUACGAAACGUCCAUCCGACUUUUGUAGCACAUUCAAGCCAAAUUUCAUCAUCAAUCCGACGGUGGUGAUUAAGGGCGAAAAUGUUAAUUUCAAUAAGCGCACCGAUCGUACCGACGAUAUUGUGCUGAGUAAAGAGAAUAUCAAUGAAAUUUAUAAAAAUUUAAACGAAUUAGACGCAAAGAUACAGGAGAACAAUAAGAAGAUUGUACAUGCAGUUAAUGAGUGCCAUUCUAGUUACGCAAACAGUAAUUGUGACAAUGGAAAUGAACGUGUGCGUCACGAGUACAUGAACGUGUAGAGUUUAGUUUCUAUUUUCAAUUUAAUAUUUUAAAUAUUUUAUUUUGUCUUUUGAAAUAUUUUCAUCAAAAAUAAUUAAGUUUAUACACACACGAGACGAACCAU